AUGGUUCUGAUCUACGAAGCGUAUGCACCACAGGUGGGAUGCCACCGAGAGGAUUUCUGGGAGAAAUUAGCUGAUCUGGUUCAGUUAAUUCCAAGAGAAGAAAGGCUAAUCAUUGGAGCAGAUUUCAAUGGACACAUCGGCGAGGGAAACGGAGGAGACGAGAGAGUGAUGGGAAAGUUUGGGUAUGGCACACGCAAUGUAGAGGACCAAGACAUUGUAGACUUAGCUCACCGCAUGGAAAUGGCUGUGAUAAACACCUUCUACAACAAGCGGGAAUUACACAAGAUCACAUACACAAGUGGAGGCAGGCAGACGCAAAUUGACUACAUCAUGGGCCGAAGAACACACCUGAGAGAAGCACGGGAUUGCAAGGUCGUGCCAGGGGAAAGCGUUGCUAAACAACACCACGUAGUGAUCAGUAGAUGGAAGUGGAGAUGCGGGCGGGGACAACAGCUGAGGAUAGAACCGAAGAUCAGAUGGUGGAAGCUGGGGGAGGAAGAGCCGAGCACCAAGUUUAGGCUUGGGGUGAGGCAAAAGGUGGAUUGGGGCCUGGAUAGCACCUGGGAGGAUGUUGCAAAUGUAUUGAGAGAAACAGCUAGAGAAGUCUUCGGCAGCGGUAGCCAGAGAGAGACUUGGAAGGAAUGUCACAAGAAAAAAGACCCCAGUAGCGAAUCGCAGUAUAGAGAGGCCGAAAACAAGGCAAAGAUAGCAGUAGCAAAAGCGAAGAAGGAAGCGAGUGAGGAGUUGUAUAAGAAACUAGACACCAAAGGAGAAAACAUUGUGUAUAUAGUGGCAAAGCAAAGAGACAGAGAAGCAAAGGAUGUACAGCAAAUCAUUAAGAUUGACAACAUCCCCAUCGAAGCUUGGCAAAGCCUGGGGGAUGCAGGAAUCGAGUACUUGACGAAGCUGUUCAACAAGAUCCUAGCGGGAGAGAGGAUGCCCGAGGAAUGGAGAAUUAGCACACUUGUUCCCAUAUAUAAGAACAAAGGUGACGCACAGGAUUGCGGGAACUAUCGAGGCAUAAAACUAAUGAGCCACAAAAUGAAACUAUGGGAACGAGUGGUGGAGAAAAGAUUGAAAAACUGCUGUCAGAUUAGCGGGGAGCAUUUUGGUUUUAUGCCUGGUAGAAGUACCACAGAUGCCAUAUUCGCACUUAGAAUGCUGACGGAAAAGUACAGAGUUGUGUCUUUAUAG